GGGGUGUUGGUGUAUGACGUCAAUGGAGGAAACCCUGCUCAAGGUCCAGCCUCGUCCCGAAAACGUCUCCAUGUCCCGCACCCGUCGUCCCCGGUAAAAGCCGCCAGCUCCACGGUGCUGAGCGCGCUUCCAUCGCUUCUGCUCUGCAGCUGCUCGUCUCUCGGUCCUCCUGCGCAGUCGGUCACGCGCUCGCACGUGCACAAACGCACGCUCGUCGCUCGAGCAUCGCGAGCGGCGGCAUCAGCAGCGGGCGGAAAACGGUUCCGCACCGAAGGCUUUGCCUCUGGACGCUUUCGGUCCCGUUGUGCUUUGUGAAGGGCGAAGGAUGGCGCGGACCGAGGAGCCGCGCUGAGCGGAGCGGGGCGCGAGGCGACGAGGAGCGAGCGGUGCCGCCGAACCGGACCGGAGGAUGCUGAUUUGCCGCAGGCCCCGCCAUCGUGAAAUUAGAUACCGACCUGCGGCGAAUGGGGUGAGCGCGCCCGCUGCUCCUCCGGGCUGCCCCGUGCCUGCGGGAGACGCCUGUGGCCGCUUCUAACGAAGGAGGAGCGGAAAGAGGGGAAGAUGCGGACGGAGGAGGACGCGGCCGCCGCACAAGAGCCCAUUUUGGAGGACGCUUCAGGACGAGAGCAGCAACGGCCGGUCCAGCAGUCUCUGGCCUCCUCCCUCUGCCGGGAGUCCCACUGGAAGUGCCUGCUCCUGACGCUGCUCAUGUACGGCUGCUUCGCCACGCUGGCCUGGUGCGCUCUGUGCAGGGUCCCCGUUCUGGGCUCCUACUCCGUGGCCCUCGGCGCCGACGACGACGCCACCUCGGCGGCCUACUACAACGACAUCCUGCACCUGGAGAGUCCCUGCUCCAGCGGAUACGUCUACAUCCCCCUGGCCUUCCUGGCCAUGCUGUACGUGGUUUACCUGGUGGAGUGUUGGCACUGCUUCUCCAAGACGGCCAUGCUGGCGCACGCUGAGUUCCAGGAGGUGUACGAGCGCGUGCAGAGGCUCCAGCAGGCCACGCCCUGCAUCUGGUGGAAGGCCAUCAGCUACCACUACGUGAGGAGGACGAGGCAGGUGACGAGGUACCGCAACGGGAACGCGUACACCACCACGCAGGUUUACCACGAGCGCGUGAACACACACGCCUCCAGCUCUGAGUUCGACUACGCCCGUUACGGAGUCAAAGACGUCUCGAAGGAGCUGCUGGACCUCCAGCUGCAUCCGGCCGUUCGCCUCCGCUUCACCAAGUGUUUCAGCUUCUCCAGUGCUCGUGCUGAAGCUGCCUACCUCACCCAGCGAGCGCGUUUCUUCGGCGAGAACGAAGGACUGGAUGACUACAUGGAGGCCAGGGAGGGGAUGCAUCUGAAGAACGUGGAUUUCCGUGAACACAUCCUGGCGUUCCCGGACCCCGCUCACCAGCCGUGGUUUUCCAGGCACCGCGUGUUCUGGCUGGCCUCCGCGUUCCUGCUGUCGUGGCCGCUGCGGGUCGUGUCCGAGUAUCGCACGGCGUACGUCCACUACCAUGUGGAGAAGCUGUUUGGGGAGGACGAGGAUGGCGGCGGAGGUGGCGGAGGCCCAGGAGCGGGGGGGCGGGGGGAGGGGGGCGAAGGCGGGACUGAGAACGGAAUCCACCCAGGAGGGAUGGGCAUCGGCAUCGGCCUGAAUGGGACGAGCUACCGAGCCAUCUCCCGGGUCAACACGGUGGACAUGACAGAGCUGGAAUGGCACAUUCGCUGUAACCAGCAGAUGGUCCCGAGCUACUCCGAGGCCCUUCUCAUGGACAUGGACACAAGUGGAGGGUCCAAUCCCACUGCCUCUACUCCCAUCUCUGGGCCUCCCGGCGCCGCCCCGGCCCAGAGCACCGCCGCGCCUCCCCUGGCGCUGCCUGUGGUGUUCAACUCGGCUUACCUCCUGCAGAGCUGCCCCCGGUGCCGGAGGACCACGUCCAGUUCCAGCCUCCCCUCCAGGCUCCGGGCUCCGAUGGGAACCACCGCGCUCCUCAACGCUACCGUGGCCGGGAUCCGGGCCGCAGGGCCUGCAGGGGGCGGCAUGGGAGGCAGGCUGGUGCUCAGUCGAAGCGGCUUCUCGCUAGGGAGACUAGGAGGCGGGCGCCAGAACAGCCUGUUUCAUUCAAGGAGCAUGGGGGGGGGGCUCGGAGGAAGCAGGGAAGAGGGAGGAGCAGGCGGAGGAGGGAGUGGAGGAGCGGGAGGAGGAGGAGGAGGAGGAGGAGGAGGAGGCUUCCUUGGCUUAGGCUCCAGACAGGAUAACGAAGAAACCAGAGGCGUGUUAGAAGGGGAGGGGGACGAAGAUGAGGAAGACGCGCAGGAGGAGGAGGAGGCGAGGAGACGAGAGGACAGAGAAAGAGGAGGGAGAGAGAGGGACGAGGAAGCCGAGCAGGAGAGCGGAGCGGGAGGCGAGGGGAGGGAAGGAGACAGGGAUCGACCUCCAUCCUACCAGGACGCGUUCUUCUUUCCCGUCCUCAUUAUUCACGGAGAGGAGAGCUGCCACGCCGGAGACGACAUGUGACCAACAGCAGCAUCCACACGUUAGGAGAAGAAAGACUGGGCCGAGGCCGCGGGAGACGGGCAGAGACGGAGCAGAUGAGGGGGAAUGGGGUCAGAGACGUGAGGAGGGAUGAAAACACAGACUGAGGUUGACAGACGGGAGGUGGUUGAGAGUUUAUCAGGCAGGAUUCACAACGAAGGGAGGCUGUGGGAAGUGCAAGGAGCCGUAGGGAAACGCACACAGGAUCUGAUCUGAUUCUAGAAUCAAGAUAAGAUGGAGGUAGAGAGUCUGAGUGUGAACGCGUGGCACAACCAUGGGAGCACUGCAAACCAAGGAAUGUCUAUUUCCAGAUAUAUCUAUGCAAGAGCAGGAGUGGGAGGAGUAAGUGAAGAGAGCAGCGGGGACAGAGGAUCUCCUAAAGAUAGAUCAAAACGGAGCUCCGAUAGAAGGUAGAAACUGACAACAACUGCAAAACAAAGGCAGGACGGGAGAAAAGAGACCAGAUGAAACCACUAACCGAACCAUCCACUGAAGAGGAGGAGAAAACAAACUAGCUCAGAUACAAGCAUCCUGUCAGCAGCAAAAGCAGGUUAAACCGAGGUCCCUCUGACGGAGCAGCUCACAGCUGCCGUGGCAACAAGGAGAGGCGUCCAUUCCCUUCCCUCUGCACCAUCAGCCUCCCACCACGCCAUCCAUUACACAUCACACCACACCACGCGCGGGCGACAGUCUCCACACAUCUGGUGCGUUGUGUAAAACACAGCCUUCUGGGUCUUGGUUCGCUUUUUAAUGGGGCGGAUGCACAAAACACUUGUUUUCUAAUGAAGAGAGAGAACUCAGAUUUCAGCAUAGUUGAACUCAUCAGGUGUUUAAGAGUCAGUGAGUCCCACCUGGUAACAGGAUGACGGAGGACUCGUCACAGCAGCUUCCAGCUGUUACAGAUGUGCUAAAACACGUGGCCAUGAAUACAAAACUGCAGGAAUGUCUGCGCUGAAAUACAUAUUAAGGUGCGAUAACGUUUACAUUUCCACAGCAUUCAUCAUAUUCUGUUUCAUGACGUCUAUUCGUUCAUUCAUGAGUUCCCACCUGCUAAAUGUCUCUCCUGUCACUGGUAGCUGCAUGUGGUCCUCGUAGUCGUAAACCUUUGAAGGAAAGUAUGUUAAAAAAGCCAGAAACCCUUCGUACAGAAAUAAUACAUUUAUUAUAUCACAGCAUGAAAAACCCGAUUAACGUCUGAGCUGCAUGAAACGAUAGAACACAGCUCCUCUCAGCAGACAAACAGCUGCUUUGUGUUUUUAGCGUAGACGAUGAUGAUUAUCAGCCGUCAGUGAGUCCCACCUCGGUCCUGCAGUAGAAUAGGUUUGGCCUUUGACCCCGUCGCUGCCUCCUCCUCUUGACCAACCACCUGCUGUGACGGUAGCUGGUAGAUGCACGUGACCCCAUCAUAGCUACUAGUGGCUCUGUAGCAGACAUGGCUGCCACCUCCAAACGCAGCACAAAGUUAGAUCAUAUAGACAAGGGCUGAAGGCUCCAUGGGGGGGGGGGGGGGGGGGUGUUUAGCAGUGCUUGGAUGGAUUCACCCAACAAAGCACAUCAAACCUGCUGCAGCAGCGAGGAGCCGCUCGAGGAGCAGCGUCUCCCAGUCCCGCGUGGGGGCGGUGGAAGGGUCUCCCUCGCGCUACCUGCUUUACUGUAGACGUGAUACUGAGAAGCACACUGAAAGGACGACGCCUCACACUGUGAGCGAUGACUAACGGACACGCUGAGCCUCAAGCAGAGACGUAACACGUACCUACAAAAACAUCCAACCUGGAGACGGACCGGAAUCUGAAGCUUCUGGAAAGAAAUGUAGAGCGUGACCUGGACACACACACACACACACACACACACACACACACACACACACACACACACACACACACACACACACUGGCUCCCAGGUUUCCAGUAGCACAGGAUGAAACUGAACGGAGCUGAACUGAGGACAAGGAAGCAGAAAAUAAACACCAACAUGGACGAAGGAUGAAAACCUCCCAAACAGUCGCUGGAAACAGAACAUGUGAUAUUAGAGCAACGAGUUUUUUACAGCUAAUAACCACCAUUCAGCUUCUUGACCUGUAGAUAAAAUCGUCUCCAUUAAUGUCCUUGAACGAAAAAAAGCACUAAAAGCCCUGAACACACUUCUGUGACAUUGAGUCACUUUUGUUACUUUGAUUGUAAGAGUUUGUCUUUAAAGGUUCUGUUCAUGUGCAUUUGUUCAAUAACAACAUCCGUUCCUCAGUCAUUCCAUCCUCAUACUUGAGUACAUUUCUAGUUUAGUGAUGGUGAUUAUAGCCACUAUAAAAAUUUUUUGGUAUAUUGUGUCUGUAAAUUCUGACUUUAAUCAGAAUGUGACGGGUCCUGACGUUCAUCUCUGACUUCGUCUGCAGUUUAAAGUCAUGUACUUUUUACAGUGGCUUUAAUCUUCUUCCAUAAAGAAGAAAGCCUUUUCACGCUCAUCCAUUUUGUGAUGUCGUGGGUUGUUGGUGUUGGUUUGUUUUCCAGUCCGCUGCUCUGGAUCCUCCGCGGUUCUGACUCGGGUCGGCUCGUGUUUUUUCUUCAUGUGUCGUUGCUGGAUGUUUCACGGUGUUUCAUGAACUCAGCGUGUGCCAAGAGGCGUUCAAGGCCGUCGCAGCCGUGCGCUUGCAUGUUCAUCCUCAGAGACGCAGGCAUUAUAGCAGCCUGCUUUAGACUAGACUGACGUCCAUCAGUACCUUUAACACGCACACGCUCACUGGAAGCAUGAGGCCGUUCCUGAGAUGAUGCCUUUGUGUCCGACGUUGCCAAUGUUUUCGCUCAGGAUUUCAGUUACUGCUGCUCCUGUGUCACAUUUCCACCCACCAAAGCCAACGAACACACCCGUGCACAGACGUUAGCAGGUACAGGCGGCUGCACCAGUGGGAUCUGUGACCACCAGGUGGCUGGAUUUAACCAACAAUAAUAACGCCUUGAUCUGUGCAUUGACUCUAAGCUGCAGUCACAUGUUGUGACACUGUGUUUGGCCGCUCUGGUUUUUGUCCACUAGGUGGCAGCGAAGCCUUAUAUCGUGAUAUUGUCAUGACGCAGACGUGUCUUAGCAGGUGUAAAGUCAGACAGGGUAGAAACAGCUGCCUCCUGCUCUCGGUGCACGUUUGUCCACAUCUGGCGGCGGCGUGAACCAGGCAACAGGAAACUGCUGGGACGUCUCAGCCUGAUGUGGGUGGAACGCAGCAGCUGAAGUGAUUGUACGUUUCUGUUGUUUGCUCUAACUGUGACUGAAUGUGUUGCAGAUGUGUAUUAUCUCUUUGCUUUGUGGCUGAACGUCCACACGUUGAUGUCGUCCACCACUGAGCCUCCACGUCCACUGCAUAGCUCAUAGUGGCCGAGUGGCUCUGUUUAAUAAAUAAACACACGAGAAGGCGACGGGCUGAUCAGCGGUUUUCUAUUUAACACCACACAUCUGUGUUGUUGUGCACAGAUUCCAUCCACCUACUUUGUUUCGCGUGCGCACAAAACUCUUGUUUUCCACCUUUUUAUCAGCAUCAUCACUCGAUUAUCUACUGUAAUCCAAUGCUCGAACAAUUAUGACCGAUGUAUUGCUGUCAAUACUGUUACUGUUUCUCUUGUGGUUAUGGGGUGAGUCGGGUAAUCACAUCGAGUCUGUCUAACACUGUAAAAAAACAUUUGUUAAACUGGUUUGACUUCAAACAUGAACUCCAGCGGCAAGUAUCAGGUUACACAGAGGAAAUGCUGUUAAAGUCUCACAUACUAAAUAAAUGAUGUGUGUUUGAAUUUAUACAAGUAAAUGUGACCACAAUCAGAAUUCAGGCUUUUGACCUCUGACCUCCCAACCUUAAGCCUCUGACUAACUGUAAUGACAAGUAGCUGUGAAUUUGUUGAUUGCCGCAUACGAGGCAGUUUCUGGUCUUGAUCUGGAAACAAGACAUUAGGAAAAUUCACAUGCUGCUGGAUGUUAGUGUGGUCAUCAUCCAGAUGUUCAUCAUUGGUCUUUAGUGUAGCGGUCAUAGUGACCUUUACAGAUUAUCAGCCUGUCAUCACUGGAAAAGGUCUCUAAAACUCAUUUGGAGGCAUUGCAUCAGUAAACAGGAGAUUUCAGCUUGAUGCCGCUGGAUUCUGUGUGAGCUGUCGGACAAACGUGUUGUUACCACAGUGUCGUUGUUCUGUACAUGCAGCCUCUGUGGAAGCAGUAAUGUCACAUACAAUGCAUUAUUGUGCCGCACGCAACGUGUGGAGCUGGAGGGGCUUUCUGUUCAAGCACCGUCAAGCAAACGUCCUCAGUAUUUAAGCUACAGUACUUACUAUGUAACCGAUAAUCCGAUUGUCAAUAUCGCACCAGAUUGUAGCCGUUGUCACCGGCCUGUUUGAGGUAAUGGUGUUGACAGUGAUGGUGAUGGAGCCUGUGGGAGUAAAGCUGUUAACUGGUGCAGUCCUGGCGAUGAUGAUGACAAUAAAUUAUCACGGAAGAAACCAAUAAAGUUGAUCUGCUUGGUUUAA